CAAAGAUGGCGGAUUUCCUGCCGUCCCGCUCCGUUUUAUCUGUAUGUUUCCCGAACUGUCUCCUCACAAGCGGCGAGGUAGAACAGUUGCGAAAAUCUAAAGAGAUAGAUAAGUGUAUUAAUCGAGAUAAGACGUAUGUCAAAAGGUUAGUUAAGAUCCUAUUGCUUGGGGCAGGCGAGAGCGGCAAGUCCACUUUCCUCAAGCAGAUGCGCAUUAUCCAUGGGCAGGACUUCGAUCAGAAGGCCAAAGAAGAAUUCAGAGCCACGAUUUUUAGUAAUGUUAUAAAAGGUAUUCGAGUGUUGGUGGAUGCUCGAGAGAAGCUACACAUCCCGUGGGGCAACCUGUCCAACCAGCGGCACGGAGACACCAUGAUGGCGUUUGACACCCGGUCGGUAAUGGCCAACGGUCACGGCAUGGUGGAGCACAAAGUUUUCCAGCACUACCUGCCGUCCAUCCGGUCCCUGUGGGCCGACCAGGGCAUCCAGAACGCCUACGACCGCCGGAGAGAGUUCCAGCUGGGUGAGUCAGUCAAGUAUUUCCUGGACAAUUUGGAGAAGCUCGGACAGACGGACUACCUCCCCAGCCAACAGGACAUCCUCCUGGCCAGAAAGCCCACUAAGGGCAUCCACGAGUACAACUUUGAGAUCAAGAACGUGCCCUUCAAGAUGGUGGACGUGGGCGGCCAGCGCUCGGAAAGGCGGCGCUGGUUCGAAUGCUUUGACUCGGUCACUUCCAUCCUCUUUCUCGUCUCGUCCUCUGAAUACGACCAGGUGCUGAUGGAGGACCGGCAGACCAACCGGCUGAGCGAGUCGCUCAACAUCUUCGAGACCAUCGUCAACAACCGCGUGUUCAGCAACGUCUCCAUCAUCCUGUUCCUGAACAAGACGGACCUGCUGGAGGACAAGGUGAAGCAGGUGUCCAUCAGAGACUACUUCCCCGAGUUUUCGGGCGAGCCCGCCAGCCUGGCCGACGUCCAGCGCUUCCUGGUGGAGUGCUUUCGCAAAAAGCGCCGCGAGCAGCAGCAGAAGCCCCUGUAUCACCACUUCACCACGGCCAUCAACACGGAGAACAUCCGGCUGGUGUUCCGCGACGUCAAGGACACCAUCCUGCACGACAACCUCAAGCAGCUGAUGCUGCAGUGAGAGGACUGCCGGGGGGAGACGGAGGUGGGAUGGGCCGAGGCAGGCAGAAAGCCCUUUUUCUCCCCACCCGUAAGGGUGGAGCGGGCGGUGUCCCUCUACCCAUUCAGCCUCCCUCCUUGACUUUGACUGGCUCCUCACUUUUGAACUUUGACUGUGUGUUAAAGCCACCACUACCACCGCCAUCCUCUCCCCCGCCCCCCCCACGCUUGCUCUCUGCCUUACUGAGCGUGUUCACUAUGACUAAUGAAAGCCCCUGUUGGCUAAGAGCCCCAACCACCCUCUGACCCUUCCAACCACUGUAAACCACUGUAAAUGACCCAUAUUGCCCUUAUUUCCUCACCGUGUUGCUCUAAUUUCACAUCCACACACACCUUAUAUAUAUAUUUUUUCUUUCUAUGCUGCUCUGACCACUGUUGCUAGUGAAGGAGAGGGGGAGGGGCUUGUUUUUAAACUGGUGUUACGGAGUAACCGUCUCCAGCGACUGUUGCCUUCCUCUUCCGAACUUCUUUUGUUUUGUCUCUGUCUUCACAUCAGCUCUCCACUGGCGCUUGGUUAUGACAUCACUGUGGGUAUUUCCUCUUGCGGGCAGCGGAACCAAAGCUUUAAAAACACACCGCCGUGGCAACACUUUUUAUUACUACUUUGACCAUUUCUUCCACCACCGCAUUAGCUGAAAAUCAUUAAGCCUGAACCCAGAACCUAAACUUGGGUCCUGCCAGACAUAUGUCUUUCUUUCUUUUUUUUUUUUUUUUUUUUGCUGUUGUCUCCGUAAUGAUGGGAUGUGAGGCUCAGGAUAUGCCUCCACCUCAACAGCUAGCUCUCGUCGUCCGUUCUUUCCCGGGGGCAGCAAGAGGUGAGGAGAGGAAGUCCAGCUGCCACGUGGAGCAGAGAAGAAGAAGAGCAGAGAGAAAUGUGUUUUAUUUUAUUUUUUUAUAUUUGGGGCGGAGAGGCUGGACAUAGUAUAGUGGUGUGAAGUGUUGCCGGGCGCCCACGAGUUCUCACGCAUGGGGGGUUGUACAUAUAAAAUAAGAGGGGCGGCUGCUUUGAUGUGCGGCGUUGAGCGGCGGUGUGUUUUGGAUCUCCUGUUCCAAAGUCUGCCUAAUUCUAGUUUUCUAAUAAUGUUUUUUCUUUUUCUAAUAUAUGAACAUACUGUAUGUACCUAUGCAUUUUUCUUUAACUUAUAUUUUACACUUUGUCGAUUUGCCGAUGGCCUCUGUUACACUUAACUGGAUACGUGACCACUUGUAAAAUGGAACGCCGCGCUGCAAGCGUAGCUACUGCCGGGUUAAUCUAGUGACACAUUGUAUUUAGCCGUUUCUCAGGGCACACUGUGAACCCCACUCCUCUGUGAUCUGAAGCUAACCAGGACUCUAAUGCCUCUGUCUCUUCCCCCCCCCCGAUUUGGUCAAAUUAAGAUUUCACGGUGUCUUUUCUAUGUCUGUCUCCCCGUGCUUCGAUAAAAGCAGACCUGCGGCCCAUCUUCAACCAGCUCCAACAAAGCAAACAAAAUGAUGACGCGUCCAUGAUGUGCUGUAAGACUAUACACUCACCUAAAGGAUUAUUGGGAACACCUGUUAAAUUUCACGUAAAUGAAAUGAUCUAAUCAACCAAUCACAUGGCAGCU